AUGCCGUACGGUCAGCUCGAAGUUAUUGUUGUUGAAGCAAAACAACUUGAGGCAGAUUUUCUUCAUAAAGUGAAUCCAUAUGUUACUCUAUCCUUGGACAGGGCGAAUGUGAAGAAAACACAAACAAUUCAGAAUUCUGGUUCGGAUGCUUCCUGGGACAAAUUUAUUAGUUUCGAUAUUGUUGAAGGACGUGACGAUCUUUACUUACAAGUCUUUAACGAAAACGCUGAAAAUGAUAUCUUAGGCAUGAUAACUAUUAUUAUCUACAUCUCUGGUGAAGCUACGGUUUCUCUAGAGACCGUUUAUCAGAUAGGUUAUGCUGAUCAAUGGGUUCAUAUUACAAGACCAAGUGGUAAAGGUGCUGGCGAAGUACGUUUAUUAAUGAAAUUCCGUAAACAGGGUCCUACUUCUGGUCCUGCUGGCUCAACACCUUAUCCAAUACCAGAAAACAAUAAUAAUGGUUAUUUUUCACGCCCAUAUUCAGACGUAGAUUCUCCACGAACUCCAUCUUACAAGGAUGGCUUCAAUUAUAGCAGUCUUGGUCCAAUUGGUGGUGCUAUUCCAACAGGAUAUGGUUCUGGUGCUCCACCAUCAAUUACAUUACCAAUUGUAUUACCUCAUCAUAAAAAAUCUGAUAUACCGCCAGCUCAACAAUAUAAUUCUGAAGGCAUGCCACCACCUCCACCUCCACAAUCACCAGAAGAUAAGAAAAAUUUUUUGUAUUUUUAA